CCGAUACCUUCCCUUCUCCAUCGUGAUAGAUGGCGAGUUGGAUGAGGCGUGAGAAGAGGUCAACGAGUAACGCGACAUGCUCGUUCGCACCGAAAUGAGUAUCAGUCUGACGGGUCACCCGGUGUCCCCGACGGUGAUGUUACACUACUCACGUGAUGGUGACGAAGCGCGAGCCGCAUAGUCCCGUGUAAGUACUGCCACUCUUCAGCGGAUACAGAAUGUUGGGCUCUGCGUUUAGAGUCUCCUUCGCUUCGAAGCAUCAUAUCCCCGCUUUGCAUCGGCUCAAGAAUUCAAGAUACCAGACUCGUCAUGCCAUUAGAUAUCUUCGAACGGAUGCAGCCUCGCGAUCUAUGCCACCUCCUCUUGCAUUCGCAUUUGACAUUGACGGAGUAUUAGUCAGGGGGGAAGACGUCCUUCCGCCUGCUAAACGAGCCCUGUCCAUGAUGGAAGGGAACAACCCUUACAACAUCUCACCAAUGGUGGCGGAGUCCGCGAGGUCGAUCGUUGCCAUAGAGUCUCAGCAAUACAUCCAAGCUCACACAAUUCUCAAGACGCUUGCUGGCAAGUAUAAGGAUAAAUCCGUGCUGGUGCUGGGAGGCAAACGAGAUCAGGUUCGGCAGGUUGCCGUCGAAUACGGCUUCAACAAGGCAUGCACUUCGCAUGACGUCCUGGCUUGGAAUUCGUCGGUAUGGCCCUUCCACCAGCUGCUUGACGAAGAGCGGGCAAAGGCACAGGAUAUUGACUUUUCUCAAACUCGCAUUGGCGCUGUCUUCGUGUUCCAUGAUCCCCGCGACUGGGCCCUCGAUGUUCAAAUCAUCUGUGAUAUCAUCCAAUCUGCGGGAGUUGUCGGUGGGCCAUACAUACCAUUGCACGAGCAGAAGAAGCCCGUCGAGCUUGUUUUCUGCAACCCGGAUCUGAUUUGGCGAUCGGAUUUCGAGCAGCCUCGCCUAGGCCAAGGAGCGUUCAAAACUGCCUUCCAAGCUGUAUUCAAAGAACUCACGGGAUCGGAAUAUCCACAUGUUCAACUCGGCAAGCCUACAAGAGCGACCUAUGAAUUUGCCUCAACAGUCCUUCAAGAGCGCAUUGAGAAGAUGUACAGCUUCAGAGGCGCGCUUCCGGAAGUUUACAUGGUCGGCGAUAAUCCGGAAUCCGAUAUUGCCGGAGCCAACGCUGCAGGUUGGAACUCAAUUUUGGUGAAGACGGGGGUCUACUCGGGGGGUGAACCUACUCACGUGCCCACUCACUACGCUGAAAAUGUUGAGGAGGCAGUCAAAUGGGCGAUCCAGCGGGAAUUCGAAAAGCGCGUCCUAUGAUGUUAUCUAAAGUGCUGUAUCGCAUAGAAGUUGCCCUAUGUGCAUCCAAACUUUUAUUUACACUAGUCCCUUGCUCGACUCGUGACCACGUGAUUAGCCACGAAGACGGCAUGACUAAGUAGCAGCGCUAAUUUAUGCUCCCCACCUCCGUGUCCUUAGAUCGAGGGCAGAGUAGACGUGCCUCAAAACUGCCAGUAUCUCUGCCCUUCAUUAUUUCACCCUCUCUGAAGCCACCGCAGGCGCAAGACAUUACUCAGUCGUUCGCGUGCCACGAAUCUUGCGGUCCUAGGCCUAGCGUGUCUGGCGUUCCUCUCCCUCCUCCUCAAUGUCCAAUACUACGUAUCUGCUCCAUUCACAACCUCACUCCUAGCUUCCUCUUCUCUUACUUUGCUGCCUGAGCUCCAGCAGCUGAAGCACCUCAUCAUCGUGCCGGGACACGCUAUCUGGCAAGGCGUCGAUCCCGACCUGCGCUUGAGUUUGGACCAGUGGGCGUUCCAGACGUACCAGAAGAACCAGGAUCAGCAUCGUCUAGUCCGCGCGUCUCGACGUGUUCUUCCGACACAUAUCUAACGCGGUCCGUUUGGCGCUAAGCGACGCGGAAUCACUCCUUGUAUUCAGUGGGGGUCAUACUCAAGCAUCCUCCACAACCUCGGAAGGCGAAUCAUACCUACGACUAGCACUCAAGUCGGGGCUCAUACCAGCGGAAACAUUCCAUCGCGCGACGUCCGAGGACUAUGCGCUCGAUUCGUUCCAGAACCUGCUGUUCUCCAUCGCGAGGUUCUACGAGUACACCGGCGCGUACCCGGAAACGAUCAUAGUCGUCGGAUACGAAAUGAAGCGGGACCGAUUCGUCAAUCUGCACCGCGCUGCGCUGCGAUGGCCUGCGGCCCGGUUCGACUACAUCGGCGUCGACAUCGAGGGAGAUAACACCCUUGCGAGGGAAGGAGAGCUCCAAAACGGAUACCUGCCCUACGUCCAUGAUUUGUACGGAUGCCACGAUUAUCUCGCGUCGAAACGUCGGCAGAGGAACCAGGAUAUGCGUCAUGCGCCCUAUCUUGCCAGCAAUCCUGAGCUCGGGCCCUUACUGGCUUGGUGCCCCAAACAACACACCCGGCUGUACAGCGGCCCGCUUCCCUGGUCGACAGAACAGCUUACGCUGGGGCGAGAGUAGAUGUAACCUUACAAGCAGCGUACAGUAACAAAU